CUGCACCUGGGGCAGACCGGCCCCCCAGGCCAACCCGGAGCCACCAGCAGGUGCCCCUCUGGAACCCAGAUCCUUAGUCACGACGCCUGGAUGCAGCCCAGCGGUCAUGCCCAGCUCCCCAGGACCAGAACACCUGGGCCUCCCCAGCGCCGGGGAUGGGGCGGAGGCCUCCGGGUGCAGUGUCACGUGCAGUCUCCAGGCCACCAGCUCCCAGGUUCGCGCUGCCAGCUGAAGCGCCUGCUGUCCUCCGUUUGGACCCCCGCAGGCCCGGCGAACCGCGCCCAGGUGCCCCUGGUGCCGGGUUCCUGAACUGCCUACCUGGUGCCGUCGCAGCCCGAGGCAUCUAUACCCAAGUCCACCGGCGCUGGCCCCGGCUUCGCCACCGCGUAACUCCUCGGUGGGCCUACCGGGCGCGGGCCGCAAAGCGAGGAGACGCCGCAUCUUCCCCGACACCCAGCUCUCUCCUCUCCACCCCCGGCCGCGGCGGGCUCCCCUGCACUGGCGGCGCUUGGAAUCCGGGCACGGGACGCGCCGCAUGCGGCGGGAGGUACCGCCCCGAUCCCCGCAGCGUCCCCCCCACACCCCCGGCUGUGGCCUGCUGGAUACUGGGGUGCGCGCUGCGUGCACGGCAGCCCGUGGGUCGAGCACCCGGAACUGCUCUUCGCGUGCAGAAACCGCCUCAGGCCGGGGCUUCCCUAGGCCCGCGACGCCUGCGGCUUCGAGGCCGAGACCCCCUCUUCCCCUCCCCCACCCCCACCCCCGUAGGGCAAGCCCCACACGCAGAGCGAGUUUCCAGCAGCCCUCGGCAGCGGGCACCUGCCGUGCGCUGA